GUACGGUACAGAGAGAGACGACAGAUAUAUAAAGUGCACCCUGUUAUUUAAUCCGGGUGCAUAAAAUCCGAAAGAAUCUCCACCCUUCUGUUCCGUCCACCACCUAGUUCUUUAACGCAAUGUGCUGUUCACCAAAAAGAGAUAUGCAGCAAAAUCCUGCAGACAGAAGUGGAAAGCAUGAUGUCUCAGAGCGGGGUAUCUUUUUCCAGAGUUAUAUGAAUGGUGGAAUGUCCAGCCUCGUCUGCACUGUCAUCACUUUCCCCGUGUACAAAACUGUGUUUCGGCAGCAGCUGCACAGCACUCUGAUCCGUGAGGCUGUGGUGCAGCUAUAUAAGGAAGGAAUGCUAAAGCUUUAUCGAGGAGUAGUGCCACCCUUGCUGAUGAAGACUCUUCAGGGAACCAUCAUCUUUGGCUUCCAGAACACCCUCCUGCAGCAGUUAUCCCCCUGGGCUGAAUCAUAUUUUCCCCGAGCAAUGCAUCCUGCCCUGGCCGGGCUCGGGACAGGGGUAGUGGAGUGUUUGUUGUUUACUCCCUUUGAGCGUGUACAGAGUGUCCUACAAAACAGUAGUAAUGACCGCAGCCUUCCCACUCUUAGCAAAAUUGUCAGUCGGAUGCGGUCAGAAACUUUAACAAAUGGGUGGUACCGAGCUUUUUUACCCACUCUUACUCGCAACGCAAUAGGAAGCAGUCUUUAUUUUGGCCUUAAGGAUCCGUUAUCCAGAGUGUUACGUGAGAAAGAUUGUCCCCCCAUUGCAUCAUCUUUUGUGUCAGGGAUGGUCAGCUCUCUUAUGAUAAGCUUGCCCUUGUAUCCACUGUCAGUGUUGGUGGCCAACAUGCAGGCCCAGGUUGGGGGUGACAACCUGGGUGUGAGAGCUAGCUGGCAUCAGCUGUGGCAGAAACGACAGCGAAGUCUAGUAUUGUUUUACCGUGGAGGAUCGCUGGUCAUCUUGCGCUCCUGCAUAACCUGGGGUAUCACCACUGCCAUUAACGACCAGCUGACAAAACGCUCAGGCUGAGGAACACGUCUGAAUUUCGCUCCUAAAUGAGUAAUAUUGUUAGCAUUGAAUUAGCAAAUCCACAAAAUGUUUCCAGUUGAUUAAUUUAAAAUGUUUUUUGUUGUUGAUUUUAUGUGUGUGAAUAAUUUCCUUUCACUCUACAAUCUGGGUAACACUUGACCUGUGACCUGUAACACUUGACCAGUCACACUUGACAGGUGACCUGGCCACUCAAUAACCACACUCAUUCAAAAUGAAUAAUAAAAAAAUGAACAUACUUUUCUUCUUCACAUGAUCCUUAGGAAAUUUGGAUGUAACUUGGAUGAACUUGUGGAAUACUUUGCAAGCAUGAAGUAUUAAAUUAAUUCACAUAUUAUGCAUUACAGUAUUUUGAUGAUGUGUGGUUUAGUGGGACAAGAAAUACUGAGGUUUUCUUCUCUACAGAGAUUUUUAAUUAAUCUUUUACUUUAUUUUUCUAAAACAUUUACAUUAGCUGUUGUGAAAGACACAUUACUUGUUUUUAAUAUGCAUUUUAACUUUGGUUUAUAUACAUAUUUUUAAAAUUAUAUUAUUGUGGGGCCUAAUUAGUCCUGUUUAUUUACUCAUUCUGACAAGAAUCUAAACAAUUCAUUCUGACUUCCUGAGUAUCUUGAGUGAGUUAACGGUAUUGCUUAACCACCAGUUUACAGUGCAUUGCCUAAACAUGCUCAGGUUUUAGUGAUGUUACAAGGUAAAGUAAAUUGUUAAACAGUGUCUGAAAAUGCAAUCUGCCUUUUUGUGUACAGUAUUUCAUGUAGAUUACAUAAUUCAUUAAUCACCUGUAGGUAUUAAUCUCAGGGUUAC